CCCUUUAGCCUCAUAUACAGACAUUUGAAUGUUUAUUAUUUUUAAAUGCAAAAAAGUUUUAGCUGAGUAAGUAUACAUUUGAAGCAUACAAAUAAAAUACUAGCAUUAAAAAUAAUUAUUUUCUAACUAAGGAAACAACCAAACAUGCCUGAACCAAAAGCUACCAGUUCACCAAAGGGCAGCUCCAAUGCACAGGACUUCAAGAGUCAGGUGAAAAGAAGAAAAAAGGACAGAAAAGCUAAAAAGGAAAGCUAUUCCCUAUACAUAUACAAAGUGCUGAAGCUGGUUCACCCCGACACCAGCAUUUCCUCCAAGGCUAUGGCCAUCAUGAACUCAUUUGUGAAUGAUAUGUUUGAUCGCAUUGCCAUUGAAGCCUCCCGUCUGGCAAAAUACAACAAACGGUCGACCAUCUCCUCUAAGGAGAUUCAGACAGCCGUGAAGUUCCUGUUGCCCGGAGAGUUAGCCAGUCAUGCAGUGUCUGAAGCCACCAAAGCCGUUAAAAAAUACCACAGCUCCAAACAAACGCAGGACUUUGUUUCAGAAAGCAAAAGCUCUAUAACAAUAGAAACAAUUUUCAAUGAUUAA